UCUCUCUCUCUCUCUCUCUCUCUCUCUCUCUCUCUGUUUCUUCAUCACUUUUGUUUUUCGCAUCUAUGUUACGUCCUAUCUUCAAUCUUUUCCUUGGAUAUUUUUAAUUUUCUUCUCUAUCAUUCUUGAAAUCAAUCGCUAAUUCCCUCUUUCUCUGUAUAUAUUUAAUUCUGUCUCCCCCCCCCUCCAUCUCUUUGUUCACUUUCUCUUUCAUUCCUUAAUUUCCACUUCUCUCUUUUUUUCUUUCUCCUUCCUUUCUCCUCUGGCUUUUUAGCAGGCCUCUGAAAAUAGUUAAGUUGGUAGACAAAUUACCUUUUUUUAUUACAGUGUCCACAUGCCACUGCUAGUCCCCUAAACCAGCUCCCAAGGAUAGGAGAGAGGUAGGUCGUUCAGAAAGGGGGGGAGGUAGUGGAUAGCCUUCCUUAUCAGCCUAAACCACCUAUAUAAAGGAUGCGGUUGCGGCCUUCCUCACUCGUCCUCACACCAUGAAGCUUACUGUUGUCCUCGCCCUCGCCUCCGUGGCCAUGGCUGCCAAGCUGCCGACCGCCCAGCGCCCCGUGGCCAUCCUCCGCAGCGGCCAAGUCAACCCUGACGAGAACGGCGCCCACAGCUCUGACUUCGAGGCCGAGAACGGAAUCGUGUUCCAGUUCUCGGGCUCCGAGGGUGUCAACGGCGGAGCCAACAUGAUCGGAACCUUCAGCUACCCCCAAGAGGACGGCUCUCUGGCCGAAGUCAAGUUCGUGGCCAACGAGAACGGCUACCAGCCCGAGUCCUCCCUCCUGCCCGUGGCCCCCGCCUUCCCCCACCCCAUCCCCCAGUUCGUCCUCGACCAGAUCGAGUUUGCUCGCCUCGAGGACGAGCGCAAGGCUCGCGAAGAGGCAGCAGCUGCAAGGCAGUAAACGGCUCCUGUGCAUCUGCAAACAUUUCUAAACAAAAUGUCCGAAAGCUUUCAUAAACAAAAUUCGUUUUCCUUCAUAAUGUAUGCAAGUAUUAAUUUAUAUUUUGUU